UGGGGCUGCUGUAUGAAAAAACUUCCCACUUUGGUCAGAUGAGUUUUUUGGUGAUGACAUGGCAUCCGCUAGCUCAGGUCGGGCAGGGGCAGGCCUGCCUUUUGAGAAGUCCCAGCUAACUUUGAAAGUCGUGUCUGCCAAGCCCAAGGUACAUAGUCGCCAGCCUCGAAUCAACUCCUUUGUGGAGGUGGCAGUGGAUGGUCUCCCCAGUGAGACCAAGAAGACUGGAAAACGGAUUGGAAGCUCCGAGUUACUCUGGAAUGAAAUCAUCAACUUGAAUGUCACAGCACAGAGCCAUUUGGAUCUGAAGGUGUGGAGCUGCCAUACCCUGAGGAACGAGCUGCUGGGCACUGCCUCUAUCAACCUUUCCAACGUGCUGAAGAACAAUGGGGGAAAAAUGGAGAACACGCAGCUGACCCUGAACCUGCAGACGGAGAACAAAGGCAGCGUUGUCUCAGGCGGAGAGCUGACGGUUUUCCUGGACGGGCUGACUGUUGAUCUGGGAAGUGUGCCUAAUGGCAGCGCUGUGACGGAUGGGUCUCAAACACCUGGAAGAGAACUCAGCGGAACCACCCCCUCCCCAGAAAACAGACAACAGGGCUCCAGCACAAACUGCUUUGGAAGUAGAUCGAGGUCCCACAGGCAUUCAGUUGGACCAUCCAGAGCAAGCCCAGCAAACGGCGAGCAGAGCCCCAGCACCAGGCGUCGGCCCCGGCAGCCGCUCAAGAAUCAAAGCCACAGUGGCGUUGCCAAUGGCACAGUAAAUGGAGAGCCUGCUUCUACCUCUGCCGUUGACCCUGAAGAGGGGCCCGUGGUGAGAGUGACUCCUCCACCUGUCGCAGCGUCGAGCGGGACCCCCGGCCCCAAUUCGGCCCCUCCGCCUGCCGGGGCUGCGCCCGGAGAGGGAGAGGAGCCAGCUUCAAAUGUUGGGGCCCCGCCACCCCUCGCAGCGGCUCAGUCUUCAGAAGCCCUACCUCCCGGGUGGGAGCAGCGAGAGCUGCCUAAUGGAAGGGUCUAUUACGUCGAUCACAAUACGAAGACCACCACGUGGGAGAGACCGCUUCCUCCCGGCUGGGAGAAGCGUGUGGAUCCCCGAGGCAGGUAUUACUAUGUGGAUCACAACAGCAGAACCACCACGUGGCAACGCCCGACGGAGGAGUACGUGAGAAACUAUGAGCAGUGGCAGUCCCAGCGGAACCAGCUCCAAGGAGCCAUGCAGCAGUUCAGCCAGAGGUUUCUCUAUCAGUCUUCUGGCGCCUCAUCUGACCAUGACCCACUCGGCCCUCUUCCUUCCGGCUGGGAAAAGAGACAGGACAAUGGCCGUGUAUAUUACGUGAACCACAACACUCGUACCACCCAGUGGGAGGAUCCUCGCACACAGGGAAUGAUCCAGGAGCCAGCCCUACCGCCGGGAUGGGAGAUGAAAUACACCAGUGAAGGGGUGCGCUACUUUGUGGAUCAUAACACACGGACUACUACCUUCAAAGACCCGCGGCCUGGAUUCGAGACCGGCAACAAGCAAGGAGGUUCUCCUGGAGCCUAUGAUCGCAGCUUUCGCUGGAAGUAUCACCAGUUCCGUUUCUUGUGCCACUCAAAUGCACUGCCCAGCCAUGUGAAGAUCAGCGUUUCCCGGCAGACACUUUUUGAGGACUCUUUCCAGCAGAUCAUGAAUAUGAAGCCCUACGAUUUGCGCCGUCGGCUGUACAUCAUCAUGCGAGGGGAGGAGGGCCUGGACUACGGGGGCAUUGCCAGAGAAUGGUUCUUUCUCCUAUCUCAUGAGGUGCUCAACCCCAUGUACUGUUUAUUUGAAUAUGCUGGGAAGAACAACUACUGUCUGCAGAUCAACCCAGCUUCCUCCAUCAACCCUGAUCACCUCACCUACUUCCGCUUCAUUGGCAGAUUCAUAGCAAUGGCUCUGUAUCACGGAAAGUUCAUUGACACUGGCUUCACGCUCCCCUUCUACAAGCGAAUGCUGAACAAGAGGCCCACUCUGAAAGACCUGGAAUCCAUUGACCCGGAGUUCUACAACUCCAUUGUCUGGAUCAAGGAAAAUAACCUAGAGGAAUGCGGGCUGGAGUUGUACUUCAUCCAGGACAUGGAGAUCUUGGGCAAGGUGACCACUCACGAGCUGAAGGAAGGAGGAGAGAGCAUUCGAGUCACAGAGGAGAACAAAGAGGAGUAUAUCAUGCUGCUGACGGAUUGGAGGUUCACCCGAGGCGUGGAGGAGCAGACCAAAGCUUUUCUGGAUGGCUUCAACGAAGUGGCCCCACUCGAGUGGCUGCGCUACUUUGACGAGAAAGAGUUGGAGCUGAUGCUGUGUGGCAUGCAGGAAAUUGACAUGAAUGACUGGCAGAAGAACACCAUUUACCGACACUAUACCAAGAACAGCAAGCAGAUCCAGUGGUUUUGGCAGGUGAUCAAGGAGAUGGACAAUGAAAAGAGGAUCCGGCUUCUGCAGUUCGUCACCGGCACCUGCCGCCUCCCCGUUGGAGGAUUCGCGGAACUCAUCGGCAGCAAUGGACCGCAGAAGUUUUGCAUCGACAAAGUGGGCAAAGAAACCUGGCUUCCCCGGAGUCACACCUGUUUCAACCGCCUGGACCUUCCUCCCUAUAAGAGCUACGAGCAGCUGAAGGAGAAACUGCUGUAUGCCAUUGAGGAGACAGAAGGCUUUGGACAAGAGUAAUAGUGGCCCGCACUGUCUCUCCAACUUCCCCAGCACACGUUCAGUCUCGAUGUCCUGCCCGUGGGGCAGCCGGACAUCUUGACUCUCAGGCGGCCCCCCGACGUUUGGGGUGGGCUUUUAGCUCUCUUGGCUUUGGCAAACUCUCCUGGACCCUGUACGCCACGGGAGUUUGACCCCCAAGAGGUUCCACGUCACGUCUCUGUACACAGACUGGGCGCAGAGUUUGAAUGUAGCCCGGUAUUAUCCAUUGACCCCAUUCCUUGGGAUGUGUGUGAGUGAGAGAGAGAGAGAGGUGUAUGUCUGUGUGUGAGAGAGAGAGAAUUCUUGACGAAGGAAAGAGGGCUGGCACUCUCUAUGAUGUCCUCCUCUCAGAUAUUAACCCUGAGAUUGAGUGUGGUCGGACCACGCGAGUCUUUAACACCAGAGAGGACCCACUCUCUUAGCACCUAGAGAAAAUAUUUUAGUAUUUGAACUAGAACUUUAAAACAGAGUGAUCCGUUUAAUUGGAACGUUUGAAUGGGGGACUUCUUCUGCCUGGUGAGUGCUGGGAUUGGGUUAAGCUGGACCUAAUUCCUUUGCAGCCCUGAUGGAGGCCGGGGGACAGGAGAUAGCGGCUGAGUAGGAUUUCCUUUGCGUUUAACGGUUGGUUUCUUUUCUAGUAAAUAAAAAUUGAUAACUUGUUUGGGGAGUUGCGGGGGGGUGGGGGGGCACCCACCAACUUUCUACAGUCUCGCUCUUUUUUUCCCCCCUCACUUGAAGCACUUUUUGCUUUGUGUUUUUUUUUUGCGUCGCGUUGCCUCUUUCCUUUAGACCCGGGGCCCAGCUUUUGCCAGGGCUUCGGCAAAACUGCGCGCGGAGGGAAGGAAAGACAGCUCAGGCACGCGACAGCUAAUUCACUGUAGCCACUCCGAACUCGGCAGAGACAGAGAUGGUUGCCGCCCCCCGGGGCGGGUGACUGAACAGAUUGCCCCCAACUCAGCACGGUCGUGAGCGUCGUAUCCACGUCGCUCCUAGCACUUUGGUUCCGUUCGGUGAUUCUCGUGUUAGUAGCGUGUGCCCUGGGUAGCCUGGGGUUUCCUUCCUGGCUACCAGAAGCUUGGUCCCACGUAAGAGACGACGGCUAGGGAGGUCCCCGGCAGGGUCGGAGUUGCUCGGAGUACUUCGCUCUGAUUUCUGACUGCAGCGGGCCUUUUGUUUCAAGAAUCCGGUGGAAUGUCCUGCUCCAUGGGUUUCCUAGGCUGUCCUUCCUUUCCCCAACCCGGGCCCCGGGGGCUGUAGCUCCAAAGUAGGGCAGCAGCCGCAAAUGGGCACGGCGGGACUGCGAAGUGGGUUUUCCAACCAGCCAAGUGCCUUCCCCGGCACCACUCUCCGCCCCGACCUCCUCUCUCCAGUGGGAGCCGGCAGCCGUGCGUCCAGGGGUGCUGUGAGUGUAGUUUGAAUGACAGAGAGCGUGUAGCUCAGCGGAGAACAACCUCUCUUUCCUCAGACGUUCGCCGUGCCGUCACCACGCGGGGCUGCUACUGGCGGGGCGCAGGGGCCACCUUCCCGGGCUCCGGGGUGUCAAAAUCCUGUCUGUGCGAGUGUGUAGGUGCGGGUGUAGAUUUGUGGAUAUAAAUGAAGUGUCUGUACACGAACCCCCUGCGGAAGCAUUGGGUCAGCAACCAGCUCGUUUUGUAACACCCCCUUCUGCCUCAGUGAUGCCAAUUUCUCGUGCAAUAAACCAUCAGCAGCCCG